ACAGCAUGUGCUUUGAGAAUCCACAACAUCCCCCUUCAGAAAAGCCCAGCCAGUCAAGUUGCUUUUGGACUCGACAUAAUUAUCCCCACAGCGUCUUGGCUCACCCACUGUCCUGUGUGUUUGUUGGUGUGACAGACUAACCUCUUUAAAUAUGUGUCAGUGUGCUUGUGAGUGCCUCCCGCUCUGCACUGUCCUUACAACGUUGCCUGAAUGCUUGUAGAUGUGUUUGUCUCGUUCUGUCUUUUUGUCUGUGUGUCCCUCUGUGUUUGCGCGUUGUUUUCUGUGCUCCUUGGUCUGAUUGCACCGGUGUCUGACAGCCCCUGUCCUGUACUUACACAGCAUAAGCUGAAAUCUUCGCAGAGGGACAAGGUACGGCAGUUCAUGUCCUUCACGCAAGCUGGGGAAAAGACAGCUGUGUACUGCCUCACGCAGAAUGACUGGAAACUAGAAGUGGCGACCGACAACUAUUUUCAGAACCCAGAUCUUUACUGUAAGGAAUCCAUGAAAACCUCCGUGGACCGGAAAAGGUUGGAGCAGCUCUACAAUCGCUAUAAAGAUCCACAGGAUGAGAAUAAGAUUGGUAUUGACGGGAUCCAGCAGUUUUGUGACGACCUCUCACUGGAUCCAGCCAGCAACUCCGUGCUGGUCGUUGCAUGGAAGUUGCGUGCGGCCACUCAGUGCGAGUUCUCCAAGAAGGAGUUUGUGGAUGGAAUGACGGAGCUGGGGUGUGACAGCCCAGAAAAACUGAAGGCCAUGUUGCCAAGAUUAGAGCAGGAGCUAAAAGAUACUGGAAAGUUCAAGGACUUCUACCAGUUCACCUUUAAUUUUGCCAAAAAUCCUGGACAGAAGGGUUUAGACUUGGAGAUGGCUGUAGCCUACUGGAACCUGGUUCUCUCAGGACGAUUUAAGUUCCUCGAUCUUUGGAAUAGAUUUCUUCUGGAACACCAUAAACGAUCAAUUCCAAAGGACACGUGGAACCUAUUGUUGGACUUUGGUAACAUGAUUGCAGAUGACAUGUCAAAUUAUGAUGAGGAAGGAGCGUGGCCAGUUCUUAUAGAUGAUUUUGUGGAAUUCGCUCGACCGAUUGUAACAGGAUCAAAACGUAAAACUCUCUAAAUCCAAUCACAACUCUGGAAAGCCAGAACGUUGUUUCUUUUACAGUGACUUCAUAGUUUUUUUUAAGACUUGUACAAAAAAAGUGGAAAUUGUAAACUUCAGAGAGAAAACAGAAGCACUUGGAACUGUCAGGAAACCCCCUUUCAGGGAGCUGAGUAAAAAAACUGGGAACAACUGUCCUCGUGAGACUGAGGCGUCAUAUGGACGCUGCCAGAUUCACCUCAUGUCUCUCCUGUUGGAUUCUCAGUAUCCUGGACGCCCCUCUGCUCUGCUCCAGGAGGAGCGAUAGCCGUCAGGCCGCAGCCCUGUAUGUGAGGACAGACACAGCACUGAGAGGAGGUUACUGGCUGUGUGCACUCUGAAAGGACAAGAGAGGAGAAUGCUGUGUGUUUUAAGAUUCUUUCUAGUCAGCUUUGUUUUGUUAUAUGAAGCUCUGAGUGACUGUGCAAAGUUCCAAUGUCUUACUCUAACUUCGGGACAUCAUGCUCACGACACCAGCACCAACUGAACUGUUGCAGUUUUUACUGUACAUACUGUAUCUAUUGGGACAGUUUACAAAGAGAGCUAUAUGAAGAAUAAUAUAAAUAUGUUGAAUUUAUAAAUGCAAAAGAUGAUUUCUUUUAUGUACAGGAAAUGCUCAGAUCUCUAACGGGAUGCCUCAAUAUUGUGGAUGAUUUGCUGUCGGUUUAAAUGUUCGGUGGAUCUGUCAAAUCAUGGAGUUGUGAGCUUCUCAUUGAAAGCAUGUUGAACACGUUUUGCUACAUUUUGGGCUGGUUUCACAAAUAAAUGAGAGUAAAGGCAGUGCUUUAAUUUAGAUGAUUGAUAUUGGUUGGUGGUAUUGAUUUGACUGAAUAAUCGCAGUCGGGAUUGGGUCUUAAAUCCUAAAUGUAAUAACUCCUUUCCACAGUAUUCAUGAUUUUAUUUUUAUUUUCAAAAGAUAAUUUCUUUGCAAAAGUUAGGAAAGCGUAGAGUCAUUUCAUCAGUUGAUCCGUCUUGAGAAAUCUGCUCUGCUGCAGUUAAGACAAAUUUAUUUUAAGACACACGUACAGGCCCUUAGGAUUGCAUGGCACAUAUCUGUAUGUUAUGGCAGCACAGAGCCCUUACGUCAGAAGCCAGGACGCUAAAGAGGGCAACAGGACAAUAACGUAAGCCUUAAGAAUAAACUCCUGUCUGUUCAAUAUUCAUGUUUCUGUUCAAGCCCAUCUGUUCAGUGUUACUGAAGGUAGUGAAAACAAUAUAUUGUUGAUACAUCCUGUAAGUAGCCUAAGUAUAUUGUUCAUUUAAGAAAGAUGAAUAAAGCAUGAGCUUUUCCAUAAUCA